AUAAGGUGAUUAUUUCCUAACUGGUUGAGAGCCUAACGCCUGUUUUGUCCCUCCGCGGGAGCCGUAGUUGACUGGACGCUCGUUUGUUUUGAGGUUUUUUUUUUUUUUUGCUAAAGACAACCCGGGACGAAACUGAGAUAAAGCUGUAGCAACAUGUCGGAAAAAAGUGAACUCAAAGCAGAGCUAGAAAGGAAGAAGCAACGCUUGGCUCAAAUCAGAGAGGAAAAGAAAAGGAAGGAGGAGGAACGCAAAAAGAAGGAGGCAGAACUACUGAAAGAUACUGCUGUUCACCAUGAAGAGUCUGACUUGGAGAAGAAACGGAGUGAAGCUGAUGCCCUGCUGCAAAGUUUUGGCAUAGCCUCAGAUGUUUCUGUUGUUCCCCCUCCCAUGUCUCCAACUGCCAAAUCGGCUGAUACCUUAAGUGAGACAGGGAGUCAGGACUCAGAUGGAGCCGUGGGACCAAGGACACUACACUGGGACUCUGACCCGUCCACUCUACAACUUCACUCUGAUUUUGAGCUGGGGCGGGCAGCUUCAAAGCUGGGGAUGGCCAAAGUCACACAGGUGGAUUUCCCCCCACGCGAGACUGUGUCGUAUACAAAAGAGACCCAGACACCUGUUGUGACACAGCUAAAAGAAGAUGAGGAAGAAGAAGAAGUUGCUGUACCACAGCCUGUAGUUGAGGUUCAGACUGAGAAACCUGACAUCAAAGAGGAUGAAGGAGUGACCCUUCACGAGCUGACGGAGGAAGAGAAACUCCAGAUUUUGCACUCAGAGGAGUUUGUACAUUUUUUCGACCACAGCACUCGCAUCAUCGAGCGGGCUCUGUCAGAGCAUGUGGACCUUUUUUUCGACUAUAGUGGUCGUGACCUAGAGGAGAAGGAGGGUGAAAUCCCAGGUGGAGCAAAACUUUCACUCAAUAGACAAUUCACAGAUGAACGCUGGUCCAAACACCGUGUCGUCACAUGCCUGGACUGGUCACCCCAGUAUCCUGAACUUCUGGUUGCUUCCUACAACAACAACAUGGACGCUCCUCACGAGCCGGACGGUGUUGCCUUAGUGUGGAACAUGAAGUACAAGAAGACCACACCGGAGUACGUCUUCCACUGUCAGUCUGCUGUUAUGUCCACCGCUUUCAGCAAGUUCCACCCAAAUGUAGUAGUUGGGGGUACAUACUCAGGCCAGAUUGUUCUGUGGGAUAACAGAAGCAACAAGAGGACUCCGGUGCAAAGGACACCCCUGUCUGCAGCCGCUCAUACGCACCCAGUUUACUGUGUUAACGUUGUUGGAACGCAGAAUGCAAACAACUUGAUCAGCAUUUCCAAUGAUGGCAAGACGUGCACCUGGAGUCUGGAUAUGCUCUCACAGCCACAGGAUAGCAUGGAGCUGGUGUUCAAGCAGUCCAAAACCGCAGCCGUCACCUCCAUGUCGUUCCCACUGGGAGACGUUAACAAUUUUGUGGUGGGCAGCGAGGACGGCUCUGUCUACAUGUCUUGUCGUCAUGGAAGCAAAGUAGGCAUUAGUGAGAUGUUCGAGGGCCACCACGGGCCGAUCACAGGCAUCCACUGUCAUACAGCUGCCGGGCCGCUGGACUUUUCACACCUCUUUGUGACCUCGUCUUUCGACUGGACGGUGAAACUCUGGAGCACCAAGAACAACAAGCCACUCUACUCGUUUGAGGACAACUCAGACUAUGUUUACGACGUCAUGUGGUCUCCGACUCACCCGGCUCUGUUUGCUUGCGUGGACGGCGUGGGCCACCUGGACUUGUGGAAUCUCAACAAUGACACAGAGGUCCCGACAGCUAGCGUAACCGUGGAAGGGAACCCGGCUCUCAACAGGAUCCGAUGGGCUCCUUCUGGAAAGGAAAUCGCAGUGGGAGACUCUGACGGACGAGUCAUAGUGUACGACAUUGGGGAGCAAAUCGCCGUUCCGCGCAAUGACGAGUGGAGCCGCUUUGUCCGCACGCUGGCCGAGAUCAACGAGAACAGAGACGACACCGAGGAACUGGCAGCUCAGCGGCUGGCCGCGUGAUAACGCCAUUCCGGGCCCAGGGCAGGUGUGUUCACGGAUGCUCCAAUGUCGGCUUGAAGGUUCCCCACCUAAAGAUGAGCUAGCUGAUUAGUUUCCGCCUUAUCUUUUUGGGUCAAAUAUCAAAGCCACACUUGUAAAACACCAAACUUUUUUUUUUUUCCUGCCAGAUGCCUUAAAUAUUAAAUCCACGCCCCCCUAUGUUUACGUUUGGCAUGUCGACAGCCGCCUUACUUGAGUUCUUGGAGCCAAAUACUUUCUCCAUGUUUCUUCUAAUAUUCCAUGUUCUUCUAUUAUUCCUCUGCAUCUUUUGAAUGUAAGCAUCUCAUUCCUGCAGCUCAUGAUCUUCUAAAAUAUGCACGAAAAAUUCCAGUGUUCUAUAUUGUCCAAUGUCAUGUUUCCUUGCAGCUCUUAAGACUGGAAUGUCAUUCAUGCAUAAAAUCAUUUAUGCUGUAAACACUCAGUGAUUCAAAGAUCUAUAAAGUAAGUUGAUCA